CGCGGUGUGAGAGAAGUAAACGGAGGCCGACGGGGAAAAGCGGCGACCGAGAGCAAGAAGGCAACAGAGAACCCAAUCUACAUCCAAAACCCAAACCUAAGCAGAACGCGGGGAAGCAGAAGGAGAAUCUCGCGAACGCUCCUCUGCUUCCCCCCUCCCUCGAUCCCUGUCCUCUCCUCUUCUCUACUCUUACCAUUCACCCUCGAGAUCUUUCCUUUUUUCUGUCCGAUUCCCGGGUUUCAAAUCUUUUCCUUGUCGACUGGAAUCCAUCCUUUCUUGGUUCUGUCCUCUUCUUGGAUCGACGGAGAUGGAGGCGACCGGCCGAAAUGGCAACAAGAGGAUGCACCAGAGGUUGGGGCCGUCCCAGGCGGCGGCGCCCGACCGCGCCAACAAUAAGGUGUGCUACCACUGGCGGGCAGGGCGGUGCAACCGUCACCCCUGCCCCUUUCUCCACAGCGAGAUACCGACGCUGCAACAGCAGUCCGCGUCCCCGGAUGGCGGCGUCGCGAAGCGGAACCUCGUCUGGAAGAACCCUAGCAACGCCGGCGCCGCCUCCGGCCCCCCUUCCAAGUGGGGGAAGGGGCGUGGCGGAGGCGCUGUCGGGCGACCCCCUGGGAAAGCCCCCGACAGGGUUUGCAAUUAUUUCCUGGCGGGGAAUUGUACGUACGGCGAGAAGUGCCGCUUCUUGCACUCGUGGUUCGUCGGCGACAGCUUCUCCCUUCUGACCUCACUGCAGGGGCACCAAAAGGCCGUGUCUGGUAUCGCACUUCCUUCUGGCUCGGACAAGUUAUAUUCUGGAAGCAAGGAUGAAUCUGUGAGGGUUUGGGAUUGCCAGUCUGGGCAGUGCGCUGGAGUCAUCAAUGUGGGAGGUGAAGUUGGAUGUAUGAUCAGUGAAGGGCCCUGGAUAUUUAUAGGAGUUCCAAAUGCUGUCAAGGCAUGGAACAUGCAAACUGCAACAGAUCUAAGUCUUGAUGGCCCAAUCGGACAAGUUUAUUCCCUGGUUGUUGGCAAUGAAUUGCUCUUUGCUGGCACUCAGGAUGGACGCAUAUUGGCAUGGAAAUUUAUUGCCAUAGGAAACUGCUUUGAACCAGCAGCAUCUCUUGUUGGGCAUCAACUUUCAGUAGUUUCAUUAGUGGUCGGAGCUGUGAGGCUUUACUCUGGUUCUAUGGAUCACAUGAUAAGAGUGUGGGACCUUGCAACUCUACAGUGUAUCCAGACACUUACUGACCAUACAUCAGUUGUCAUGUCAGUGCUUUGUUGGGAUCAAUUCUUACUAUCGUGUUCACUGGACAAAACCAUAAAAGUCUGGGUAGCUACAGAAAGUGGGAACCUAGAAGUAACGUAUACUCACAAUGAAGAGCAUGGAGUUCUUUCUUUAUUUGGUAUGCUUGAUGCUCAAGCGAAACCCAUCUUAUUAUGUUCUUGCAAUGACAACAGUGUCCGCCUCUAUGACCUGCCAUCAUUCAGCGAGAGGGGUAAGAUAUUCUCCAAAGAAGAAGUUAGAGCCAUGCAAGUUGGACCUGGUGGUUUAUUUUUUACUGGGGAUGCCACAGGUGAAGUUAAGGUGUGGAAUUGGUUACCCAAUGAGAUGCCACAUUCAUGAUAAGAGUGAGCUGUUCUUUCUAUUUAUAGUAUCCUCUCAUGUAUGAUAAACAACAGAAGUGAGAGUUGUGCCUGCCAUUUUUAUCAUCUUGGCCAUUGAUCCUUAA